ACUUUAAACUUCUCCUCUCGCUAACAAAUAUGCAGAGCUUGCCCACCGUUUCUCCUCCAUAAAAGCCCCACUUUCCCCGGCGGCUUCUCGUUAUCUCUUCCUCUUUAACUGGGUUUUGGUAUUGUCUAAAGAUUCGAUUUCUGGCCGGCGAAUUUGCCAGAAUGACCUCCAUAACCUCCGUCGAAUUGAAUUACCUCGUUUUCCGUUACCUUCAAGAGUCAGGUUUUACGCAUUCAGCUUUUGCUUUAGGAUAUGAGGCAGGUAUUAAUAAAUGUACCAUAGAUGGCAAUAUGGUUCCACCUGGUGCUCUUAUUACAUUUGUACAAAAAGGAAUUCAGUACUUGGAGAUGGAAGCAAAUUUGAGUAACAGUGAUGCAGAUGUGGAUGAAGAUUUCUCAUUCUUGCAACCUUUGGAUCUUAUUACAAAAGAUGUAUAUGAAUUACGGCAAAUGAUAAAGGAUAAGAAAAAAAAUCUGCACAAGGACAGAGAUAAAGAGAAAGAGAAAGAUAAAGAAAAAGACCCGGACAAAGAGAAAGAUAAAGAAUUGGAGAAGGAACAUGAAAGAGAGCGAGCACGAGUGAGAGAGAAGGACAGACAUGAAAGGGAAAAGGAAAAUGAAAAGGAUAGAGAGAGGAUAGAGAAGGAAAAGGAGAGAGAAAAGCAGCAAGAGGACAAUCCUGAUAAAGAAAUGAUUUCUGAUCAAGCAGAUAAAAAUAAUGUCAAACAUGAAGAAAAUGGUAAUUCUGGAGCACCAGAACCAAUGGAAAUUUCCACUACAUCAACAUCCCAGGUAUGUGAGAUUCCUGGUUCUGACGUGAUGAUUUUGGAGGGACAUACAUCUGAGGUUUGUGCCUGUGCAUGGAGCCCAACAGGAUCACUUCUUGCAUCUGGGUCUGGAGAUUCCACAGCACGUAUUUGGACAAUACCUGAGGGGACAUCUAGAUCUGGUCUGCAGAAUAGUCCUCUAAAUGUGCUGGUAUUGAAGCAUGUAAAGGGAAGAACAAAUGAGAAGAGCAAAGAUGUUACAACGUUAGAUUGGAAUGGUGAGGGGACCUUACUGGCAACAGGUUCAUAUGAUGGACAAGCAAGAAUUUGGAAUACAAACGGUGAACUGAAAACUACAUUGAGUAAACAUAAAGGUCCUAUAUUUUCUCUGAAGUGGAACAAAAAAGGGGAUUUUCUUCUUACUGGAAGCUGUGACAAAACUGCAAUAGUGUGGGAUGUGAAAACUGAGGAAUGGAGACAACAAUUUGAAUUUCAUUCAGGUCCUAUACUUGAUGUUGACUGGCGCAAUAAUCUUUCGUUUGCCUCAAGCUCCACCGACAAUAUGAUAUAUGUUUGCAAAGUUGGAGAUACCCGCCCAGUUAAAACUUUUGCUGGGCAUCAGGGUGAGGUUAAUUGUGUCAAGUGGGAUCCAACUGGCUCAUUGCUGGCUUCAUGCUCUGAUGAUAUCACUGCUAAGAUAUGGAGCAUGAAGCAGGACAAAUAUGUUCAUGAUUUGAGGGAACACUCUAAGGAGAUUUACACCAUCAGAUGGAGCCCCACUGGACCUGGUACAAACAAUCCUAACCAGCAAUUAGUGCUAGCAAGCGCAUCAUUUGACUCGACAGUGAAAUUAUGGGAUGUGGAACUUGGGAAACUUAUUUGCAGUUUGAAUGGACACAGGGAUCCUGUGUACUCAGUUGCAUUUAGCCCAAAUGGAGAGUAUCUGGCUAGCGGGUCUCUUGAUAGAUGUGUUAACAUCUGGUCUUUGAAGGAAGUUAAGAUCGUGAAAACGUACACUGGCAAUGGUGGAAUAUUUGAGGUUUGUUGGAAUAAGGAAGGUGAUAAAAUUGCAGCAUGCUUUGCGAACAAUACAGUAUGCGUGUUAGACUUGAGAAUGUAAUAUCUUGGGACAGUGUCUACGAUCUAAAUGUUGCCCUCAAAGGUUGCAGUAGCAUUCCGUUUAGCUUGUAAUCAGUAGGCACGUGGGAAGUGUACCUUUGGUUCGUAGGGUUCUUUUGUUUUUUUCCCCUCUAGUGUAGUUGUAGAUGUUGCUAAUUUGAAUGUCUGGCUUUAAGUUAUAAAUGAAAUUCUCACUCAAUUGUCAGCUAGGUGUAUGCUCUGUAUCAUAGUGGUCAAUGACAAAUUAUGUACAGAAUUAUUCUCAUUGGACCCAUAACUGGUGUUACAAUAUUGCUUUAAUUUAGCCUGGAUUUAUUGUAA